CAUAUUUUGAGAUAUAGCCUGCAAAAAGCAUCGUUUGUGUUACUCAUAAAUGCCUCCAUUUUUAUUUUUAAACCACUGCAUACUACACGAACGAACCGCUACAAAAACAACCGACGAACUGGCAGCAUUGCAGCUGUCAAAUUCAAUUCGCGUAAAUUACCGGCCUGCUAUCGGCUUUUGUUUAGUGGAAAAAGUUGCAUUUGAACUACUAAUAUAAUUUUCGUUUUCGCAUAAGAAAAAUAAAACAAUAAGACUGAAAUGGUGUCACUACAAGACGUCUCCACUUUCAUUGUGCCGGGUCAGCUAUGUUCCUUACCCCAAAAUGAAGUGGACAGCUGCUCAGUGUCGGAAUAUUAUCCUGAAAUAAAUUUAAACUGUGAAAUGUUCAGCACAUCAGUCAGCGGACACCCAAACGACACUUAUCGCAAUGUAAUGAUACCUGUGAACGAGGGUGUAAUCAAACGCAUCAUACGCACAUUUUUCGAGAGCGGCUUUAUUGAAGCAUUAAAUGAAGCACGAGACCGGCAAACAGCCACUGCAAGUCCGCUGAUAUGUGCUACUGCCAAAUAUACAUUCGAAAUGUUGGAGUUCGUAAAGAAGCUCAAAACAAAAAUAUUUCCACAUACGCGUGAGGUAAGCGUGAAUAAUGUAGCAGAUUACUCUGAAACGCGUGACUGGUUACGCUCAUAUAUACGUUGCAUUGUAUGGCACCCGAAUUGUUUCAAAAUUGCCGUAGCGGGCUCAGAUGAUAUUGUACGCAUAUACACAGAUGAAACCGCAAUGGUGCCGGUAUUAAAGAGCGGUUCACAAAAGUGGAUAACGUCAAUGGCGUGGCGUCCACUAACAGCAGCUGAGUUGGCAAUUGGUUGUCAAAAGGGCGUAUGCCUCUGGACCAUGGACACAAGUAUGCAUAUAUCACGCAGCGCCACACAGGCAGUAUUUUUGAAACAUCCUGGCCACUGCCCUAUAACUUCUGUGCAGUGGAGCCCCAGCGGUACGCUAUUGGCCACAGCCUCUAUUAGCGAUACGGAUAUUUUAAUAUGGGAUGUAGAUAAGUUACAAAACACACCGCUGAGACGAGUUGGCCCACCAUGCUCACUAUUGAAAUGGUCACCAAAUGGCUCUUUCCUAUUUUCUGCGACAGUCGGCAGCGUUUUUCGUGUGUGGUCAGCCGAUAAAAAGUGGACGCCCGAACGUUGGACUAUAAAUUAUGGUGUGGUGCAGUCUGCUUGUUGGUCACCGUGUGGAAAUUUUAUGCUUUUUGUCACAACCGGUGAUAGCAUACUCUACCGUUUGCACUUCCAGGACGAACAGGUCUUUGCAUCCGGCACUUCCACCAAGGAAGCUUUAAAAAUUGCCGAUCUAACCAAAUUCAAUGCUGGUCGUCGUGAGGUCGGCGGCAAACCCCAAUCGUUGGCCUGGGACGCAGAUGGUCGCUAUUUGGCGGUCAUAUUUAAGGACACACCGUGCAUAGCACUGUUCAAUACGUGUUUAAAGAAAUUCGAUAUGACCAUUUCACCGCUCUGCUUUCUUACUGGCCUGAGCAGCGAAUAUCCCUCCUAUAUUUGCUUCCAAAGCAAAAAUCGACGUAAUACGGAUACUGUUUUGACCAUUGGCUGGUCUAGUGGGCGCAUAGAAUAUUUUCCGAUUGGCAAUAUGUGAUUUAGAGCGUAGAAAAAAACACUUCUUAUUUGUGGUACAUAAAUAUUAAAAUGUUUUUUUUUUUAUUUAUUUAUUUAUUAUAUGAGGUAAAUAGCUACAUACA